AUGCAGCUGCAACAAGCUGUGCGUUCAGGCGCCGGAGCGCCGCCUUCUUGUCAGCCUGGCGGGUGUCCUGACACCAGCGUGUCGCAGCCCACUCUGUAUAACGGGGAGUCGCUCGCGUCCUCGGUGUUUCCUGGGCCGUCGCCUUCUGCCGAUAAAGCCGCUGACCUAUGCAUCGGCACCAUGCAGCAGACACACUUUGCUGGCCAGGCCUCGCAAAUGCAGUCGCAACCUGUCCACAUGCUUCCUCAGCAGGUGUAUAUGACUCCUGGAGCUUCGUCUCCUGACCUUUCUUCCCUUCCUGUCUUUGCACAGGCGAGCUCGGCUCCUGCCCCCGGAGCGGCGUCGACUUCCCCCACGGGGGCCUCUCCCCCUGGGCUGGUGGCCCGCGCGCCCCCCCGGCGGUCUCGUGCCGAACGCGGCCGCGUUGCCGGGCCGCGAAAUGCCCGCCCGCAGGAAGAUAUUUACAAGCGCACUUACAGCAGCGUGAGUCGCAGCUCUCGUCGAAAAGGUGCAGACGCCUCUGGCGACGGCGGUGCCUGCCUGGGGUUCGAUGGAGCUUCAGAGACAGAUAUGGCUGACGCCUCAUCUAUGUCCGGGGACUCUUUUCCGCAUUCUUCCGGCGGCGGCGAGAGCGAGACUCGACCGUACGGGGCGUCGCUUCCCGCGACUCUUGAUUCGGGCGCAUCUGCGAGUCAGAGAAGCAACUUCGACUUCCACUCCGGUGGCAGCGCCGCGCAGAACGCCGGCGACGAAGGUGCCUCGCCACACACUCGCAGCGGCGCGGGCCCUGCCGGCCAGGAUGGCGAAGCCGAACAACAGGAACCGUCACCUUCAGAGACUGGCACGGGAGCCGGUGGAGCCCCAGGCUCGGGGCCGAGCUGGAAGCGGAGGCCCACGCGGAGACGCGAAGGCCUCCGGCUGAGACCCCUGGACGACCAGGAAGAACGCGUCCUCCCUCCAGAUGGGAAGCUGUAUGCGUAUCUGCUCCAGCGUGACAAGUUGGCGUACAACCUCUGGCGCAAAGAGGUGCAGCGGAUGUCGGAGGAGACAGGAGGCGCAGGCCCGGGUGAGGGCCCGCAGGCCCCAGGCGCCACGGGCGCGUUCGCUGGGGCGGCGGUGGGCGGCGGUCGACAAAGGAAGAGAAAGGAAGCUGCGUCGACUGUCGAGCCUCCGCGUCGACUCCUCAGAACUCUUCGACCGGAGGACGAGUUUUCUUGGGAAGAGCUGAACUCCGAGGCCGUCCUCGGCGACCUGCCGUCUGCAGCGGAGACACCUGGGGCUCCUGAUAGCGAAGCGCCGGGGUCGAAGGUGGAGCCCGACGCAGUCGACGGCGUCGGGGAGGCGGACACAGAGGGCCAGAGCGUGAAGGAGGAAAAAGAGGGAUGCUCCCCGGCCGGCGGAGACGGCGACAUUACCGAGGCACGGCGAGAAGGCAAGGAAGAAGACGAGGACGGCAGGGAAGAGGAGGAAGCAAAGAAGUACCACCUGGAGCCGUACGACGCCUCUCUGGAGGAAGAGGAGGAGCGCAGUUUGCCGCUGCAGAUGCCCAACGGAGUUCAGAAGCGGAAAGACGAUAUGACCGUGCCAGUGGAGGAAAGCCCACACUGGGUCAUCAUCUGCCGCUUUCUCUCUUUCUUCGGGCCGACCAUCGCGAUGGAGGACUGGACUUUCGCGGCAGUGCGAGAAGUGGUGGAGGCGCCGGAACUCACUGACUUCGGCGCUAGGUUUUUCUCGCGUAUUUCAGCGCUCUUUGGCAGGCGCUACACUCCCGGCAACAAUGUCGUCCGGUUUUUGUGCAAGAUGCUCGACGAACGAGACGGGACCGACUUCAACGUCCUCUUCCCUCUGGACAUCAAUCCUUUCACUGUUCGCACGUGGGAAGAAGUGCGACCGUACCAGCGUCUGCGAGUCAUGCGUCUCUUGGUCAACCGGGCGGUCGGCGAGUCGACAGCUAUUCAGCAUUUCGUGGAGGGCCUGCGCGACGACAAACUCGAGGAGUUGCACGACGGUAGUUUCUAUGUCGACUCAGAGGGGUACAUCUACUGGUUCAUUCGAGAACCCCAGAGCACGGGUCUCCGUUUCUACAAGGAAGAUCAACGAGAGGGGACAUACGAACUUCUCGCCUCAAGUGAACAGGAGUUGACGCACUACGUCGAAACUCUCCAGGCCCAAACGAAUUCGGAUACCGUCUUCGUCGGCCUUCUUCAGCAACAGGCACAAGAAUUCCGUCUUGCUGCGGCGACGCUGUUGCUCCGGCAGCAGGAGCAGCGCCAGCAGGAGCAGCGCCAGCAAGCGCUUCAAAUUCGCAUGCAGGCUGCAGCUGCCGCAGGUCUGGAAGCCUCCAGUGGGGGCCUCACAAACGCUGGGACUCCCGGCUUGAGCUCCGGCGCCGGGGCUGUCGACUCGUCGGGGUCUUUCCAGGACGCCUUUGCUGCAGGCAGCGGAGCUCUCGGCGGAGAAGCUGCUGGAUGCCCGAUCGAGUAUCGCAUUAUGAUGAGGAAUCGCCUCCGCGGUCCCCGCGAGCGAGGGACUCGCCUGCAAGCUCGAACACAGCGCAUCGAGAUGCAACAGUUGGAGGCGGGGAACACACCGUCAGCCGAGGCCUUUGGCUUAGAGGGUUCCACGGCUUCGCCUGGGCAGGGUGGGAACUCGUUGUUUCUGUCUCCCUUUUCUGCCGCCUUGGGCCCGCCUGCGUCCGGCGCCUUGGGCUCUUCUUCGCACCUGUCCUCGCUCUCGUCGCUCCCGACCCCUCCCGCCUUCUCGUCUGCGCCGGCCUACCUACCGUCUGCCCAGGGCGCGUCGUCGCUGUCGUCUAGCUCUCUCUCUUACCUGCCUACUUCGUCUCCCUCCUUCUCGUCGGCGAAUCCGCCGUACUCGCUCUCCUUCUCUCUCGCCACAGCGGCGUCAGCCGCCGCCUCGUCGGGUGGGGGGACGCCUGCGGCGGCUGCGGCUGCGGCGGCAGCGCUCGCAGCGGGGGCGGCAGCGGCGGGGGGCAGCGGGGGCGCGGCGCCGAUUCUUCCCCACUGUCCCCUGUUGAUUUCGACGUCUUCGCUGCAGAGCGCACUGUCUCCGUUCUUCGCGCUCAGCAGCCAGACGGACGAGACGCGCGAGAAGGCGGCACGAGGCAAGCCGAGCGAGAAGAAGGGCAGGCGGGCCUUCGCCUUGCCGCCGCUCUGGGGCCUCAAGGGUGGCCAGAGUCUAGGUGCUUCGCAACUGAUGGCGGGGAACGCGAUCUACGCCGCGCUCCACCUGGCCCUCAUGACCUAUCCAGCUGCCUUCGACUCGGUCUCGUCCUCGCAGGCCCCCCGAGACGAGGAUGAAGGCGCCGAGAGCGAAGCGGGAGGAUCAGCGCAGGCCGCGGGACCCGAUGAUGAGAGCCUCGUCGAGGCGAAGCGCGAAGAAGAGAAGAAGGAGGGUGAGAAGCCCCAGGGCGACAGGCGCCGUAUGGAGGAGAACCGCCGCCACGGAGAGGCCAUUCGGUUUGCUGUCCAGGAUCGCCUGUUGAAGAACAUCGCCGGCACUGUCGACCUUCUCGAGGAUUUGCGCGUGGCGGCAAGUCUCGGAGAAGCGGCAGAGAGCCUCAAGGGUCCGAAGGGGGCUUCCGGGAAUAGCCAGGUGGAUGAGGACUGCACUCGGGAGGAAUCAAGAAAGGAAGGAGAUGCUGAGAAGAGCGCUGCGAAGGACAGCGACGAUGCGUGCAGGAGAGAAGAAGGACAGAAGGGCGAAGGCGACGGCAAACUGGUCACAGAAGACGAGGCUGCAGAACGCGAGAAGAGGAGAGGCCACCAGGCCGAGGACGAAGGCACAGAGGACCGAGGAAUCAAGUCCGAGGGAGACGACUCGAAGAAGACAGACGAGAAGACCAAGGAAGCGACGACCGCAGACGCAACGAAAAAGGGCGCCGUUCCAGCUUCGCAAGGCCCCACGGCGAAGAACGCGAAGAAAAAAGGAAUGCAUGCAGCAGGCCCUCUGCGUGCUCUAGGACAAGCUUCCGUCACUGCGGCUGAUGUCUUGGCCUUCCUCAACACGAUCUGUUGGGCGGGUCGACGCGAAGAAAAACCGGCUGGAGAGAAAGCGGAGGAGGCUGUGAAGCCGGAGCAGGAGGCCCGAAAAGAGGAGGAGGCAGCGUUGGCGCCCGCCAAGAAGGCAGAGGAGACUGACGGCGUGCCACCGGACGCAAGUGGUACGGAGCUUGCGAAGAAAGAGGAGACAGACAAACAACCCCCGAAGCAAACUUCCCAGGGGCUCGUGGAAGCUCGGGACCAUCUCCCUGUUGGUCUUCUCUCUGCGGCAACAGCGGCAGCGGCUCUUCUCGAGAAGAACGAAAUUCGUCUGUUGACGGCCAGCGCUUCAGGAAAGAGUCAGGACGGCUCGGCUUCGUCUGGGCCCGCUCUCCCGUCUGGGCCUGCGGCCGGCGCGCAAAGCGCAUCUCUGUCUUCGCAUCAAAGUCCGCUGGUGGGGCAGCAGCCGAUGCGGGCUGGGCCUCAGUUGGGCGCGAAAGGCCCCGGUGUCGGCCAGGCGGUGUCUGCGCCGGGAUUCUUUGCGGGGGGCUCGGUGCUCCAGGGCCCCUGCCACUCGGGGCCCAUGCAGGGACCGGGAGGGCCGCAGCUGAGCCAGGGCGGCUGGAGCCCGGAGGGGCCUCAGGCCGAGAGCGACCGGCGGCGCGAGGAGGACCCUGCGUUUCACCAGCAGCUGCUUCUGCGGCAGCAGCUCCUGGCGCAGCAGCGCGCGCAGGUGAAUUUCCCGGACUUCUUCAAGAUGCAGAGCGUCCAGAUGCAGCUCCAGAACCAGCGCAUGUACAACCAGCAGCAGCUGCAGCACGUACACCAUCAGCUGCAGCAGCUGCUGUCGCGGCCGCCAGACUGCGGGUCUUCGUUCUCGCGAGAGAGCGGCGGGAGUGGAGGGAGCCGGGCAGGAGGCGCUCAGGGCGAGGAAGGCCGCCAGGGAAGCCCUGAGGCGCAGAAGCACUUGGAGCAGAUGCACCAGCUGAGGAACUUGCAGGUGCAGCAGCUGCAGCUGCAGAUUCAGCAGCUGUAUCUGGAGCAACGGAAGAUCCAAGACCAGCAGCAACAGCUCGCGAUGCAAAUGUCCUCGUUCUCCCAGGCCGCAGGCGGCGGCCAGAUGGGGUCUCAGUUCUUCUACUCGCCUCAGGGGGGGCCGAACGUCUCGGUGCCGCCUCAGACCUUUGGCGGCCAGGCGCAGGCGUCGGGGAAGGCCCACUUUGGAGGCGCAGGCGUCGGGGGCCAGCAGUACCGUCCGCCCCAACACUUGGGUGUGUCUCCCGCGCUCGGCGCGACACCGGGCGCGGCGCCGUCGCCAGCUAUGCAUGCAGACGCCAGAGGGAGUCUUGGGUCUUCAGGCUUGCAGGGUCCGUCGAACGUGAUGACGCAGCCAGGGAAAGCGAACCUCGUGCCUUCAACGGGCCUGACGGGGGGCAGUGAGGGGACAGGGGCCGAGUCCGCUGAGAGAGCUCUGGGCGCCGGCCGCUCCGCCAUUUGUGGCCAGGAGUCUCAGGGGGCCCAGGGCGCCUGCUUCUCUUCCUUCUCUUGUGUGCCUCACCCGCACGCGAUGCUCCAGCAACAGAGGCCGCAACAGUACCCCAUGCAACAGCAGUUUCAUCAGAUGCCGCAUCACCAGGGAAGCGCGCCUCUGAAUCAGGGCGGCGAGACGAAUUUGGGGACUGCCGACUCGUUUGGGUUGCCGGCGGGUCAGGGCGGGAGUCUCGUUUUUAACGCCUUUUCAGCGAACACUGGUCAGUGACUGCGAGGCGCGUGUCUGGAGGGGACCUGUUGAGCUCUCUCGCGACCAGAGAAGAGGAUUUGUCGCUGUUCGCGAGGUCCUUCCUAUUGCCGUUUUACUUGUGAAUGGAUACAGUGCCCGAGGAGACCUGGGCGCGCGCGGAACAUGUAUCUUUUCUCCCGCUUGCGUACUUGUGUUGAAACCCUACUGACUUUAGGUUUAGUGAAGACAUGGCAGAGGUGGCUUCAGUGUGCCGACAUUCUUCCUCGUGUCCUCCAUUUGGCUAGCUAGUUUCCAACAUAUUUUGCAGCCUCGAGAAAAGAGCUGCAGAACUACGGCCCUUUUGAGUCGAGAACGCGGGGAUCUGGACGAAAGUGGGGUUUCCCUGGCCCCCUUUUGUCGCCUUCCUCAGUCUGAGUCGUGCCCCUUUCCUUGAGAGCGGAGACAGGAGCUCUGAAUGUGAAACCUAAGGGAUGCAGGUGAAGAAGCAGAAGAACCGCGAGUCCCCGUAGGGCGUCUUCCCUGUCUAGAUUCGCUGAUGUUCUCUGGGUUCUUGUCCUCACAUGCACUCCGGUUUUUUCUCAACAUAUCGAGGAUUCGGUCCUAGCAAGAAUGUCUACGCACGGAAACCGGAACGUGAAAAAAAUGUGCAUCGAAAGCGUGUGUUACAGUGACGCCGAAGGAUCCAUGCGUAGAAAAGACGGACAACCCCGAGAAAGAGUCUUUUUUCGUUGCUGCUGUCGCCAGCACAACGAUAAAUAGCGGCCGGGAGGUGCUGUGUAAACAAGGAAAGGAGAGAGUGACAAUGGUGGACCGGAAGAGAAUGAGCGUAGAGCCCCGAGAUGCCAACGGAGCCUCCCCGCUUUUCGCCGGAGUCGAGCGACGUCCGUCAACAGAGACAGGAAGACACGCGAUCACGGAAGAUAAAAACGUUUUGAGCGAAACGUCCUGUGCAGUGUAACUUUGGUGCAAACGAGAAAAGAGAAACGUCGCGAGUCUGGUGAUGUGUGAAUGCGCGUAGGUCCUGUGGUGCGCCAUGCGUGUGAGAGCCGAGACUUGGCAUGCGAUACUGAAUUUCAAUCGUUUUUUUCUCAGAUUUUUGUGAACGGGAUAUAACGUACUGAUUUCGCACUUGCAGCGGAGAGUCGAACCCCCUCUGGCGGUCCGCCAGGGAAGCACAUCUCGUUUAUGCUGCCACUGAAAGUUGAACUGUCGAUCCCGUCGCCGCGCAUACGGCAGAGAAGACAGAGACGAAACCGAUCAAAAACCGUUGAAGCUGUGC